AGAGUUAAUGUUAGCGCGCACUCGAGGGAGGUAGCUCGCGCGCACACGAGAAAGAAUGAAUUCAUUCAGAUCUGUUGCUUUGAUAAUCUCCGACAGAACCCACAGCGAUGCUGCUGCUGCUUCUCCGCCGUUAGAAGAACACGAUGAGAAAUUACCGAGAAAAUUGCGACGAGUUCCCCAAUAUAUCUGCUUUGUACGCAGGAUGAUACAAUAAUAUUAUAAUGGAAUGCUGACAUUCUCGCGCAUUUGACAGAUAUUAAAAUUAGAAAAUAAAAGAGAUGAGUAUAUUCACUUUAUCUUUGCUCCUGUGUGCUGAUCUCCUGGAUUUCGUUAUUGGUUAUUUAACAGUCACUAUUGAACCUCUCCCUCCUGUGGUUAUGGGGGACACAGUGACUUUGAAGUGCAAUUUCAGGACUGAUGGCAACCUUAGAGAGAUAGUGUGGUUUCGGGUGACGGAGGGUGGUACCUCAAAACAGAAAAUAUUUACCUAUGAUGCCAUGUACAACACCAAUUUUUCUCACAUGGAGGAUUUCCGCAGAAGAGAGGACCUUGUUUACCAGUCUACUGUCAGGCUUCCUGAGGUUCAAAUGGAAGAUGAUGGACCUUAUGAAUGUCAUGUGGGGAUUUAUGACAGGACAUCUAGAGAGAAGGUGGUCCUGGCAUCUGGGAGUAUCACACUGAACGUCAUGUCUCCACCAAAAUCUAUAUCUGUCAUUGCUGCAAAUCAGCCAGCUCGAUUCAGUCGCUAUGAGGCUCAAAACUUCACGCUUGUUUGCAUUGUAACAGGAGGAAAACCUACCCCCAUGGUGUACUUUAAGAGGGAUGGAGAACUUAUUGAAGUGCAUGCUUCCACAUCAUCUGAAAAAGUAGAAAGCAGAGGCUUGCUGGCAGCCAAAGAUAACCAGCCACUUAUCAGCCGAGAACUGGACGAAACAAAAGUGCAGAAGUCCCUGUCUUUCCUGGGCCCUUACAGUGAACCGGUACGUCUGGAUAAGGACAGGCCCCAGCGCAGCUACACAUCUAGAGCCCCUGGUCAGGAGGAACCUAGCCCCACCACUGAAGUCAUCCCAGAGACUGUUAUCAGUAGAGAAUUCCCCCGCUGGGUGCUCAGCUCGAGCCCAUUGUACUUUUUCAACCAAACUCAGUCUGAACUUCAUGAUGGUACUAUGGAGGUCCAAGCUCUGCUCACCUGGCAUCUGAACCCACAACUGGACAAUGAGGCUCUGUUCAGCUGUGAAGUCAAGCACCCUGCCCUUUCCAUGCCCAUGAAGGCAGAAGUUACACUCUCUGCUCCGAAAGGCCUAAAACUCUCUGUGACACCAAGCAAAGCGAAAGUGGGAGACACAGUCCGCUUCAAAGUGGAAGGAUUCCAAGUGGGACCCAAAGCGAAUGAAGUGUUUCCAGAGCCUCUGUUCACAUGGACACGUGUGGGAGGAUCCCUGUUGGAUGGUAGUGAGGAGAGAUUUGGGAAAGUACUUGUUCUGGAUAGAGUCCCAUCUGAGCUCAACGGCUCAAUGUACCGGUGCACAGUACAAAACCCUUUGGGAACAACCAACACACACACCCGCCUCAUAGUGUUUGAAAAUCCAAGGAUCAAGAAGAAGAUUAAACAUCUAAACCUUGCUGAUUCUGGCAGAGCCAUGCUCGGACCCUCACUGAUGCUGCAGCUGUUGUCAUUGACUCUGGAUUUAACAUGAGCACUACGGGAUCCGCUUUCAAUUAUAACCCAUGAUACUCUUGUCAGCUUCUCUGCAAUCUCUCUUGCUGUCCAGCAGCUAUGUUAUAAUCCAGAACUGAGAUUGCAGCAGAGAAAUGUGUGCUCAGAAUGAGAGUGCAACGCUCAAGCUACCCCGACCACCCUCAUCAUGUGACUACAGUUCAGUUCAGUUUGUUUCCCACCUGUUAGGACACCAUACAGUGACAAAUUCAUGCUUUGCCUUCAUCUUUUACAUUGUAUUUGUGCACAGCUGUGUUGCAGGAAAGGAUUAGAGUGUGGUGGAAUAGGUUGGCCCACAUACAGAUAAUCCUGGACAUACAUUACAGAUUUAAUCAUACUAAACAGCUUAUUGUAAUGUCAUUUCAUUAAUGUUGUUCCUUAAUAUAUUCAAGCGGUUGGGUGCAAAGUCGCUCACUGGCUUUCAGAGUUUAAUCUGAUAUUGAAAGAUCAAAAUAAGCUUCACCUACUACAUGUGACCUCUAGAUGACAGUGUAGAUCUUCAAAUUAACACAUAUUAAACCCCCCUUUGAUUGCUGUGCAAUGAGAUGUUCCUCAGUUAUGUAAUGCUUCUAUAGCGAAAUGUCAUUAUUUCUACAGUGAAAAUGGACUGGCCAAUGAACAAGGCGUGCUGCUGUAUUUGAAACGGAACA